GAUAGGCUUCCCCCACAAAUAUCCCCUUUGAGGUUUGUUAUAUCAGAUGUUAUUAAUGCUUCACUGCUCUUUAAUGAAGGACUCGCUCUACAUUUCUACUGUUUUCGACAGUAAAGGGAUCGAUAGCGCAGCAAACACCAAUGGGACUGCAUAACUCUCAUCCAAAGCUUUACCCGGGAGAUAUUCUUGAGUUUCCCGGAAACGGUUACUUUUCUCAUUUUGGAGUUUACUAUGGUGAACGGGACGGAGUUCCUUACGUGGCCCAUCUGACUAUCAGAGAUUCAGACACCAAACUCCUCCUCUUCGGCCGAGCUCUAAACGCUGCAGUAAAGCUUGACCCGCUUGACGUAGUCGGGAAGAAAUACAAGGUAAGAAACUACUUGGAUGACAAGCAUCCACCUCGAGAUUUCUACUCUCUCAUCAAGCCGGAGAUCGAUGACAUCAUGCCGAAACCCAUCACCUUUGACAUACUUUUCAACAACAGCGAACAUCAGGCCACAAUGUUUCGAUACGGGAUUAAAAAGUCAGAGCAGAUUGAAAAAGUCUAUUCCAAGAUAGUUCCCACCUGGAAAGAUUUAUUUGAGAAGAAAAAGAUUUAAGGGACUUGUGCUGCAUGAAGACAAGAGUUCAAGAUCAUACAAAAACAUGCUUUCUUUCUUAAAUAAUUCUUAAAUUAAACAUAAGUUCCAUACAGU